CUCUCUCCCUCUCUCUCUCUCUCUCUCUCUCUCACGAGACUUUUGUAAGGUUUUGAGUGUUCUUGAGGUUUUAUUCAGGGGAUUUUUAUUCAAACAUUUACCAUGGCAGAGGUACUAAGUGAAGAACAGAUUGUUGAAUUCAAAGAGGCAUUUUGUCUAUUUGAUAAGGAUGGAGACGGUGAGUUUCAUACUACUAUGUCCUCAAUUCUUGGUUGCAUAACUAUUGAAGAAUUGGCUACAGUUAUUCGGUCACUGGAUCAAAAUCCAACAGAGGAGGAACUUCAGGACAUGAUAAGUGAGGUUGAUGCUGAUGGAAAUGGGACCAUAGAGUUUGCCGAGUUCUUGAACUUGAUGGCAAACAAAAUGAAGGAAACUGAUGCAGAGGAGGAGCUCAAAGAGGCCUUCAAGGUAUUUGACAAGGAUCAGAAUGGAUAUAUAUCAGCUAAUGAGCUGAGGCAUGUAAUGAUCAAUCUAGGCGAAAAAUUGACGGACGAAGAAGUCGAGCAGAUGAUCAAAGAGGCCGAUUUGGACGGCGAUGGUCAAGUAAACUAUGACGAAUUUGUGAAGAUGAUGAUGACCAUUGGAUGAUACAAUAGUACUCAGAAGAAAAUCCUCAUUCAGAUUCAUUCUAUUCCAUCCUCAUUUGCUCCACAAGGAAUAAAAACAUGUAAACGAUGCCAAUGAUGUACCAAAAGUGUAGCAGGGCUUGACUAGUAGUACGUACCCUUUUGAUCUGUUCAAGUCAUUCAAUUCCAUUGUAUUCUUUUCCUUCAAGUAAUAUAUCAUUGUGUGUUUUUUGAUUCAAAACCAGAGCUCCCAAUGUAACUGAAGUUUCUUCUGUAGUAACUGG